GUUUUACGCUGAAAAAAGCCUGUCAAGCACGGACUGUUGUGGUUCUUGAUUUAAUAGCUACAUAAUUGCCACAAAUGUCAAACAUUCACUGCUUCUGCGUGUGCAUGCGUGACUUUCUGUGUUUAUUUGUGAGUGUGUGUGUACGUGUGAUGUAAGCCCUUCGGUGUAAGCACCAAAUAAGCGUCCAGAUGGAGCUCCUUAGCUUGGUGAUGCUUGGGGCAGCGAGGCUAAACAGAGGAACGCAGCCGUAGCACUUUUGGAACUAAAAAGCUGAUCGGAAACACAAAAACAAACACGAUCAACACCUUUUGCUUCCUCUGCAGGGCAGAGACGUCAUGAACGCCAGUGAGCCCUACACCAACUCCAACAUCACCCUGUCCAGCCUGACAGCCACCACCACUUCUCCCGUCAUCCCAAAGCCUCCGUCACACAUUCACGACCCGGAGUUCACCAUCAUGGUGGUGCUGGGCCUUUCGCUGCUGCUGGCGGGGCUAGCGGCCUUCCUGGCUGUGUGCCGACGCUCCGAUCAGGACGAAGACGUGGAGGGGAGCUGCACACCGGGGGAGAGGUGCAAUCGGCGCGGGCGAGGUUUGUCCACCGAGCCGCAGCUGAAGAUGUGGAAGAGGCUGGGCUCGUACCGACGCACCUACAACCUGUCCUUCAGGCGUCCGCCUCACCGCAGGCCACAGCAGCGGGACAGGACACGCGUGUCCAGGUCUCCGGGGUCAGAGACACCACAGACGGAGGCCAGCGCCGAGCCUCCGCUCACUAUGCCCUGCCUUUUUGACUAUGUCACUGAAAUCUGAUUCUAAUCUUGGUCGGCAGCCAAAAUGUUUAGUUCUGAGAAUGUAGAAAAAACUUUUGUAAUUUUUGUUUUGGUUUCCUGUCACAAAACGCUUUAAAAUGAAUGAAUGAGAAAAGCAUUUGAGGCAGGUAACUGGAUUUAUCCUGAAUGUCAAAAAAAAAAACACAUUUCAAAGGAACGAUGGAGGCGGUAGAACUCAUAAUGACUUACUUUCACGGCUUGAUUCAAAGCCUAAUGGACAGCAUCUAAAUUCAGUUCAUAUGAUUGUUUGGACAUGAAUUUUUAAUUUCCAAACUCAUUUUCAAAAUCUGGGGACAACAUCAUUCUUCUGCGUGGCACAGCUAAUCACCCCGCGGCAGAAAACGCCAUCAAUCUGCCGAUUCAGGUGCUCUGGGACAAACUCCUCCCGCGAUGGCCUCGACACAUGGAGAGCUCCCCAUAACGACAGGAGACGCCUCCACCCAAACUACAGCACUCUGUAAAUAAUUUAGUGAACUUUAAAUAAAUAAAUAAACAAAUAAAUAAAGGAUGAAAACGAAA